UCAUGCCUGACAGCAAUGUUUUGCCUUUGCCUGGUUUAUUAGAGGCAGAAACUCUGAGAAGACGUGAAAUUUGGCUGGGCAAACGGCCGGUUAUCGAUUCAGGCUCUGGGGAUUCCGCUGGCCGUUCUGGAGAGCAUGUCAGGGAUGGGUUUACUGCUGGCGUUGGCGGCGCUUCUAUCCAGCCUCUUUUUCCUGGGGCGUUUGAUGUUGUCGUCGACUCUGCUAUCGCCCCUUCGUUAACCGAUGAAGAUUUUACUGCCUCUCUACCUGAUUUAUUCCCUGUGGACAACGGCUCACAUUUGCCAUCCUUGCGAGACCAGAGUUCAUGGACACCUUUGCCUGUGGCUUCUUUGCGAGCUGUUGACGCGCCUGGUCCAUCUUCAGCUGAUGUUUACCCUUCUGAUUCUUCCCUUGCUGACGCCCUUGCUGCUGAUGAUGUGCGAAGUCCUGCGAUUCCUUUUGCUCAUAUCACUCGGCGGCCAGAUGUGCCAGCUGCGGGAAUUGAUCGAUGGUGCCGUGUUUCCGCUACUCCUUCCACUUCUUCCGAAAGAGCAGCUGGCAAUCGUCGUCAUCGUCUGGCUAUGCGAGAGCAUACGGCUCUUCUACGGGCCCAUCGACUUUCGAGCCAUUCUCAUGGAGGCAUCCUGCGGAGGUCAGCUUCGAAUAGUCGUCGCCAGGGUCGUCGUCCGCAUUCUGACAUAUGCCGGCAAACUGCUCUUCUUCAGGCAGGUGUUGCUGCUGAUAUUCAGUUGCCUCUUCCUACAAGCUUGGUGAGGUUUCUCAAAGCUGCUUGGCCUGGCAGGUCCUACUACGGUGGCCCUCAUCUUAUUUGCAAGUACUGUGGUGCUUCAUACUGGUAUCAGGAGCGUAAUAAGCGUCUCAGUACGAAAUACCACCGUGUGUAUACUGGUUGUUGUCGUGGUGGCCGGGUGUCUCUUCCGAUUUAUCCGGAAUGGCCUUCCCCGUUGUCUGAGCUUAUGCGUUUUGAUGGCGGUUCUGAGUCAGAUCGGUUUAUGCGUUUGAUUCGGGAAUACAAUGCUAUGUUUGCUUUCACAUCUCUCGGUGUUCAUGUUGACAGAACAGUUAAUGUUGGGAAUGGCCCAUAUGUGUUCAAGAUUUGUGGAGUGGUGUGUCAUGAGAUUGGCUCUUUGUUGCCUCCAGAGGGUGAUUCUGUUCCUAAAUUUGCCCAGCUAUACAUUUAUGAUACUCAGAAUGAAUUAGAUCAUAGGAUGGGUAUAUUUAGUCAGGAUGGUGAACUUGAUGAUGAUACUGCUGCUGGUGUCCAUUCUGCAUCAGCUGCUCAGUCUUCAUCUGUUGUUGGUCAGCGCCGUCAAAGAGAGGAGGUACUAGGAGUUGGCUCAGAUCGUUUUUCUACUCGGCCAGCCCGGCGUCAGCGGCGGCGUAGGGAGGAACCUGAUCCCGCUAUUGUGCAAUCUCUAACUACAAUGCUCAAUGGGUGUAACUCUCUUGUGCAGACAUUUCGUAUGGCAAAGGACAGAAUGUUUUCUCCUGAUGCUCCUGAGGUGGCUGUUCGUUUAUAUGGUCAUGAGGGUGCAGACCAUGGGAAUCGGUAUUCUUUGCCUACCGCCCCUGAGCUGGCUGCUCUUAUAGUUGACGACCUCACUGUAGAAGCAUGUAGAUUCGAUAUUAUCGUCCAGAAGGAGGCUGGUUAUCUUCAGCGCAUCUCGCCACUCAACCCCUCUCUCAUGGCUCUCCAGUACCCGCUCCUGUUUCCUCAUGCUACCAUCGGGUUCCAUCUUGGUAUCAGGUACCGACAGGUUGAUGGUAUGCCAUCGACUGGACGCAACCAGGUGUCCAUGCUUGAGUACUAUUGUUAUCGUUUCCAUUAUAGGAAGGGCGAGCCAAAUCCUUUUACUUGCUGCGGUCGAUCGUCGCAGCAGCUUCUUGUGGACUGUUAUUCCUGUGUUGAAUCGUGUAGAUUGAGUUAUCACUUCUGGAACCAGACCACUCUUCGGUCUGAGACAUAUCAGGGUAUUUCUGAUGCUCUUGGUGAGGGGAACUCCAGUGGCAAAAAUGUCGGGGUGCAGUAUCUUCUGCACUCGAGUUUUACUGGAGGGCCUCGGUACAUGAUUCAGAAUUACCAGGAUGGCAUGGCUAUUUGUCGUGUUUUUGGAGCGCCUGAUCUUUUCAUUACAUUUACUUGCAACCCUAAGUGGGAUGAAAUAACUGAAGCUCUUCUUAUGGAGCCUGGUCAGAGGCAUGCUGAUAGACCGGAUAUAGUUACACGUGUUUUCAAGAUGAAGAUUAAUGAAUUUAGCGGAGACGUCAGGCGGGGCGAGGCGUUUGGUCAAGUCCAUGCAUAUUUAUAUGUUGUCGAGUUCCAGAAAAGAGGUUUACCUCACAUACAUACCCUUGUGUGGCUGGAUGCCGACAUGGAUGACCCCACGCCUUCUACCAUAGAUUCUUUUAUUUCGGCAGAGAUACCAGAUUAUGCUACCGAUCCAUUGGGGUAUGCGCUUGUGGAGGAGUUUAUGGUGCAUGGUCCAUGUGGUGAACACAACCCUGAUUCUCCAUGUAUGAAGGACGGUGUUUGCUCUAAGCGAUAUCCCAAAGAAUUUAAUGAAGAGACUACAAUUGAUGGUCUCGGUUUUCCGGUGUACCGGCGAAGUGAGAACGACAGGUAUAUUCUGAAGAAUGGUGUUCGUGUCGACAAUCGGUGGAUUGUUCCUUACAAUAUUUCCUUGCUAAAAAAAUUCCAAGCUCACAUUAAUGUGGAGUGGUGUAAUAAGACCAAUCUUCUUAAAUAUUUGUUCAAGUACCUUGCUAAGGGCCAUGAUAUGGCAAGGGCCCGGUUUCAUUCUAUGUACCAGUCUACAGGCUCUGAAUCUACUGGAAGAAAUGAGAUAGAUGAGUAUGUAAAAUGCAGGUAUUUGUCUGCGUGUGAGGCAUGUUGGCGUAUGUUCGCAUUCGACAUUCAUGUUCGAGCACCUUCUGUUGAAAGAUUAGUGGUGCACCUUGAAAAUAUGAACCGGGUUAUAUAUAGCCAGGAUGAUAACCUUGCCGACGUUGUUCGCAAUCCUUCGAAAUAUAAAACUAUGCUCACUGAGUGGUUUGUCGCUAACCAGCGGUACAUGGAUGCUCGUGAGCUUACGUAUCUGCAGUUUCCAUCAAAGUGGAGGUGGGACGCAUCAGCUAAGAGAUGGCGAAGGAGGAGGCGCCAACUCAAAUUCGGCCCUCCUAUUGGCCGUGUCUACAACGUGCAUCCUAGCUGCGGAGAACUCUUCUAUCUUCGGAUGCUCCUCACGGUUGUGGCUGGUGCUACAAGUUUCAAUGACCUCAAGGUUUACCAUGGAAGGUUGCACACCUCCUUUAAGGCAGCUUGCCAGGCGCGUGGUUUGGUUGGUGAUGACAACGAGUGGUUCCUUCUAUUUGAUGAAGCCGUUCAAUGGGCUUCUUCUUAUCAGUUGCGACAUCUAUUCAUGACUGUUUUGCUAUUUUGUGGUGUCACUGAUGGCCAACGACUUCUAGAUAAAUAUUGGCGGUUUAUGGCAGAUGAUAUAGCUUUCCAGAUUGCACGCUCUCUAAAUGAUACUGUUCAGGCAAUCCCUUCUGAAUAUUUACACAUUCAGCUGUUGCACGAGCUAUCUGUUAUGUUUGGUAAAAAUGGUUACUCCUUAUCAUCUUUCGGUAUAUCUACUGACUCCAUUCGCAAUGCAAGGUUGCUUGGCAAUAGGUUGAUUUUAGAAGAGCUACAGUAUGACAGGAAUGAGCUUAGAGAAAUGGCUUCUUCUUUCCAUGGAAGAUUAAAUGAAGAUCAGCUCUGUAUCUACAACCAGAUCAUGCGUGCAGCCCUCAAUUCUGUUGGCGGCGUUUUCUUUGUUUCUGGUCAUGGUGGUACAGGCAAAACGUUUUUGUGGACCUCUAUUAUUGCGAGGUUACGAGCCGAUGAUCAUGUCGUUCUUGCUGUAGCUUCUUCAGGUGUAGCUUCGCUUCUGUUACCAGGUGGAAGGACGGCUCAUUCACGUUUUAGGAUACCUGUUGAAGUCAACGAGCGAAGCAUGUGCACCAUUUCCCGGGGCAGUAAUCUAGCUGAAUUAAUAGAGAAAGCAACACUCAUACUUUGGGAUGAAGCGCCAAUGACUCACAGACGUUGCUUUGAAGCGGUUGAUAGAAGCAUGAGGGACAUUUUGUCUGCGAAUGAACCUUCACGGAAAUUGCUCCCUUUCGGUGGGAAGACUGUAGUUUUGGGAGGGGAUUUCAGGCAAGUGUUACCUGUUGUGGAAGGGGGCAGUAGAGCGGAAAUUGUGAACUCCUCCCUUAUGAAGUCACCCCUUUGGCAGCAUGUAACUGUCCUCAAGCUACGCAGAAAUAUGAGAUUGUCUAAUCCACAGUUGUCGGAUGAGGAACGAGCUGCUUUGGAGGAAUUUGCGCAGUGGGUCCUCGAUGUCGGUGAUGGAGCUGUGCACAUGGAUACACGAGAAGGAGAGGCUACCCCUUCAUGGAUCUCCUUGCCACCAGAUACAGCACUGCUGCCAGACUCUGAUCCUAUUUCUGCUAUUGUUGAUGCAGUGUAUGAUUCAUUUACUCAAAUGUAUUCUGAUGCAGCUUAUCUGGCAGACCGCGCCAUUGUGUGUCCUACUAAUAAAGUUGCCGACUCUAUCAAUGAGACUGUUUUCUCUAAGGUGCCUGGGGAGGAGAUGCUGUUCGAGAGCUGUGAUUCUAUAUGUAAAACUCUCGACCAUGCGGCUGAUGCGGAACUGUUAUAUCCUCCUGAAUUUCUCCAUAAGAUCGAUCCUCCAAACUUUCCGCAGCAUAGGAUUUCAUUGAAGGUAGGGGUUCCAAUAAUGUUGUUAAGGAAUAUUAACCAAGCUAUUGGACUUUGCAAUGGCACCCGUUUAAUGGUUACACGUCUAGGAGAAUGGGUCCUUGAAGCUAAAAUUAUGACAGGGACCAAUAUUGGUGAACGUGUGUGCAUACCAAGAAUUGUUCUACACGCACCAGCCACCAAAUGGCCAUUUACAUUGCAGCGUCGUCAGUAUCCAGUAAGGCUAUGCUAUGCAAUGACUAUCAACAAGAGCCAGGGUCAAACUCUUAAGAAGGUUGGGGUCUACUUGCCCAAACCGGUGUUUUCGCAUGGGCAAUUCUAUGUUGCAAUCUCAAGGGUAACAUCAAGGGAAGGGCUGAAAGUAUUGGCGCUCGAUGAAUCUGGCAACCCGACUACCCAGACUAGAAAUAUAGUGUAUCAGGAAGCUCUUGCUCAUCUAUGAAUGUCACUUCUUACAUGGUACCAUUUGUUGGCAGAAUCGGUGGAUUCCUUUUUUUUCUAGCGCUCUGCUAUGUGAUCUAGGUUCAGGGAUACUCUCCCGUUGUUUAAACCGUG